GGCCUGGCGCCGCCGCGCGCUGGGCGUUGGCGGGAAAUGGAGGCCGGCGGGGAGCCUCUUCCCUCAGGAGCGAGAACGGCCAGCAGUCCUGGAAGUAACGCAUCUUACUCCAGUCAGAAAUCCACCCUUUCGGAAGGUUCUCGAACGAAGAAAUCCCACCAUGCCGAAGAAGCAGCAUUUUAUCUGAAUUGUAGAGCUGCCUAUCUGUCUGUUUUCAAAAGCAGUUUAGAAAGCAUUAUUUCAAGAGAUCAACUUUGCCUAGCUCUUCAACAAGCAGGAAGAAAUCCCUCUCAAAAAAUCAUUAACAAGUACUGGACUCCCCAAACAGCCAAACUGAAUUUUGAUGACUUUUGUGCCAUCCUAAAGAAGGAAAAACCAACUUCAAAAGCGGAGCUUCUAGGAGCAUUUCAGAAAAUAGAUGCAAAUGAUGAGGGCUAUAUUUUGCACACUGAUCUUUUUGAAGUUCUUUCAACGAGAGGUGAGAAAAUGACUCGAAAGGAAUUGGAUGCCAUGAUAAAUUUGAUUGAUGUUAAUAGCGAUGGCAAAUUUGACUACAACAAGUUUUGUAAAUUAUAUAUGGCAACCAAUGAACAGUGUCUCCAGACUGCCCUGGAAAAGCUCGAAGUUGAAAGUAAACUGAGGCGUCAGCAGUUUGGAAGUCACGUCGAAGGCUCUCCCGAACGGGGCCUAACUCCGAUACCAAAGCCGUCGCCAAGAAUCACAUCCAAAACCGAACACGGCAUUCCACCCAACAGAGGUGACAGCCAGACUUCUUCUCGGCCAUCCUCAGCUCGAAAGUUCAAAGCGUCUGUUUCUUGCUCCAUCAUUAUGGGUGCCAGAAGCACUAAAAACUCCAAGCUUACCGAGCCCGACUCCUUAAAGGAGUGGCAGUGCACACAAUCAAAAGGCUGCUUCUUUUUAGAAGAAGAUGGAGAAGUCAUUAGUCAUCAAUACAGGAUGCAUAUAUCUCAAAGAUCCACAGUUUAUCUAACUAUUAAGCCUUUAAAUCUGAGUCAAGAAGAAGGAAAACCAUCUCAGUGGUUAGCAGUGGACACUGCAUUGUAUAUUCUGAAGGAAAUUGAAGGCCAAGAAAACCUACAGCUUGUGUGCUUUACGGAACUGCGGAAUAGAGAGGUGUUUGGGUGGAAAGGUGAAUUAGGAUCUGGAAUUUACUGGUUAAUUCCUUUCACAACUGGCUGUAGACUGAAGAAGAAAAAAAACCAGAUUACCGAAGAAGCCAAAUUGGUAUUCAGAGGAGAAAAGGGGGAACUGUCCCUUACAAAGGAAUUCAGAUCAACCUUAUCAGACAUCUUUGAAAUAAUCGAUUUAGAUGGAAAUGGUCUUCUCAGCCUUGAAGAAUAUAAUUUCUUUGAACUGAGGACGAGUGGGGAAAAGUGUGAUGAAGACGCUUGGGCGGUCUGCAGGGAGAAUUUUGAUACCAAGAAGAAUGAACUGACCAGGCUGGGGUUUAUGGAUUUGAAUCUUAUGGAAGCCAAUGAUCGAGACGGAGAUCCUAGUGACCUCUGGGUAACUUUGCAUUCAAUGGGCUACAAUAAAGCCCUGGAAAUGGUAGAGGCAUGCCCUUUUGUCAUCGAUAUCUACGCUGAAAAAUGCAAGCCCAGAAUUAAAGCAGUCUGUCUCAGGGCAGGCAGUGGGCAACUCGAGAGGGCCAUUUGCAAGUCUGUUGUUAACCAAGGCGAUGCAAAGCUGAUGGAUGGUUAUGAAAACGUAGUGGUUCACACGUACAGGAGCGACACCCGGAUCUCUUCAGUUAUUGAAAAUAAGUCAGACACUAAAGUGAUUAUUUAUGUCAACAACGAGCUAAGCAAAAACUGUGUUAAUAACCGAGGACUCAACAUCUUUGCGGUGGAAGUGGCUCCCAAAUCUAUGAUGGUUUGUCAACAUGUAAUGCCUUUGACCGAACGCCAAGAAUGGAUAUAUAAUUGUGUGGAUUCCAUCGCGUCAUAAGCACUCCACCUGGAAAGUGGUGUCUCUCAGGAUUAUGAUGCAGGUUUAUUUUAUGUUUUAUUGAUCAUCGAAAAACAGUCUAUCUUAUUUUGGAAACAAACCAGUUCUACCUUUUUAUAGUCAAUUUUAGCUAUGUAAUUAAACUGUACAUGUAAUCCCUUUAAAAUCAAAACAUUCUGGGUUUCCUGGGGUGUAAGAAAUUUUACUAUCUAUGUUCAGUUUUUUAAUUUAUGAGUAUUCCACUUUUUACCAAUUUAUAAUCACCAAUGCAGAUAAGAUAAUAAGGUAUAUAAGGGAUAAUAAGAUAUUAUAAGAUAUUAAGCUACUUCUACACAAUCCAGAAGUUUAGUCUUUUAAUAAUAUAAACCCUUGCUUAAAGGAAACAUUUUUAACUUAAAGGUAAAAGUGAAUAUUAAAGUAAUCUGCUACUCCAGACAGAUUCAAAAUUUAACAAAGUUUUACGAAGAUUUUUUUCUUAAACCAACGAUCAAAACAAAUCACAAUAGAAUUAUAACAGGAAGUUAAUUUGAUUUCAAAUUUCUUGCCCAAUGUUAUUUUGAAUUUAGAUUGCUCUAAAUUAAAGCAGACUAGUACCACUAUUCGAUGUGUUUGUCAAAGUAGAUAUAUAAUUUUUUCCAGAGUGUUUAGUAGGGCAGCAAGUCAGCUUGAAAUGCUAUAUUUAUCAGCUGGUAGCCCUUGCACUCUAUGACAUAUUCUUCUGAAAUCGUACACUAGGGCCAGUAAAGGUCAACUAUGAAACACGAGCACGAAUAUAGGACUGCCUGAUUUAUAUACAUUCAGUGCUCGCGUUCAGAUGCUUCUGUAAAGGUCAAAUAAUUUCUGCCCCGGGUUAGGUAUCUGUAAAAUGGGUUGAGAAAUUCUUAACCUUUUGGGCAGUGCUCUGAGAUCACCAAAGGCAGGUUGUUGUCCGAAGAAGCCAUUAUAUAACUAAGAUUAAAUAAGAGAUCGGAACA